AGCAUUUUCAUUAUAAUAAUUAUGAGCAAGACGGCCAAGUUCGGAUCGUAAUCGAGGGGUUGUUACUUAUUCAUACCUGACAUUUGGGCUUUGCCUUUGGAAGGAAUAAUUAUUUGUUCAUGUUGUUGUUCACCUAGGCCGUAUAAUCUUGUUCCAUGAUCCAUUGAACUCUUUUUUUACCUGUUUUUAAUUUCACUGAAAACUCGACUUCAGUUUUCGAAUCCAUUUCACUAGUACUAGUAGGUGAUGGGUGCGGGACUGCUGCGUUUGUGAAGAGUGUUCCAGUAAGGACAUCGCUUAUUGCUGGCAUGGCAGUGAGACGUGUAGCAUGGCUACUGCUAGCCGCCACGUGCCUCUUCAGCUGCUGUUCAGGUCAGGAAGGUGUGAUGGGUGAAGGUGAGCAGGCUGCACCAGCUACAACAGGCCAUACACCGGAUGACCGUGAUGUGCUAAGUGACCAUACACUGGAUGACCGUGAUGUGCUGAGUGAGCAGUUAUCUCUGAUUGAUGAUGAUGAUAAUGGCGAUGAUUACGAGGGAAUUGAUAACACGGACGCAGCGGACGGCAGUGAUGAUCUGGACACUGCCAUACUGGAUGACGACGACCAUGAUGCUGACGAUGACGACAAAGAAGACAAGGUCAAAACAGCCGUUUCUGAUCAGAAUGUGAACAGCGCGACGGGCGCUGAUGAUGAGAGCUUGGACUCCGAUUGUGAAGGCGAGGACGAGGUUGCGGACGAUCAGACAAGCGAGCCGUCACUUUCCCUCGGUGAUGGGUUUGGCCGGAACUGGACUGAGCUCCUGGCCGGUUUCAAUCACAGCAACUUCACGUAUCCCAAGCUGAAUCUCUCUCUGUACAAGGACUUGAAUCUGUCGCUCUACAAGGACUUGAAUCUCUCGCUGUACAAGGACUUGAACCUCUCGCUCUACAAGGACUUGAAUCUCUCGCUCGACUCGGGCCUGAACCUCUCGCACUACACGGGCUUAAACCUGUCGUGGGCGCUAGCGUACAACGUCAACUAUACGCACAACAUAUCACUGAAUGCCACCGAGAGCCUGGCGCUGUACACCAAGUACAUUUACAGCCGCAGCCUGAAACACGGCGAGGACGCCGCCGUGUCCAAGCGCCCUAACAAGACAAAGUCGUUUACCUGGCUCUGCUACAACGGCUCAGGUCAGACCUAUGGCUCUGUGAAGCUGGUCAAUCUCACUCAGCUGAGUUUGUUCAUCCACCGGCUGGCCUGCUGCGAUCGCAAGCACUGCCCGACCGUUGCUGAGCAAGAGGCGAUGAGAUGGAACAUGUCGCGACCAUGCUCGGCAUCCGCUCGCCACCGCUUCCUUGCUCUUGUCAUGGCUGGCCGCCAAUGCUCUCCCUGGGACGUCGGGCCGGUGCGCAGCGACGCGCCCGUUUCCAUCCGCUUCAAGCGACCGCUGCCGCUCAGCCUGGACCUGUUCUGGGACUUUGACGAGGCCUUGCUGUCGCAGCAUCCGGCCUCUGUCUUUCAGCUGUCGCCGUCGCCCCGCCCCACCACGCAGUCUGACACACCGCAGGCAGCCACCGCCGGCACUGUCAACAGCAGCAAUAGCAGCCAUGCUAACGGCACCAGUACGAACACCACCACCACCGAGGACGGUGGGAAGGAUAAAGUCACACAGCAGCGCUGCCAGUGCUCCGUACUGAUGAUCUACUCGCCGACGUGCCCGUUCUCGGUGAAGCUCUCGCCCGUUUACAGUGCGCUGGCACGGCAGUAUCCGGCACUGCCGUUUCUAGCCGCCAACGCCGACGAGAAUAGCACAAUCCACUACAUCUACAGCGUGGUUGGUCUCCCGACUGUCAUACUGCUACACAAGCACAAGCAGCGCUAUUUUGCACGCUCAUUCACUGACUGGUCGGACCUGCAACAGAUGUCCAGCUUUGUGUCCAAGCACACUGGCUUGAAGCCUCUCCCGAAUAUCACCGUGAACGCGUCCGAUUACGAGACCGGACUUCCGACUGAGGUGACGCCGCAGACGGAUUACAUGCUUAUCCUGAGCACCAUCUACACGGUCGGUGGCCUGUGGUACUUGGCUGUCAGAUAGCACAAGGCGCGGCGGAGAUUCGCGUGCGCUGCUGCUGCUGCUGCUGCUGCUGCUGCGAGUGCUAGCGUUCUCCGAGUUUCGUACGUGUCGCCCGGCUUCCGGUCCGCCCGGUGGCAGCAUCAGCUGCAUAUGGCAAGAUGCAGGCAUUGCCAUGGAGUGUGUGUGUGUGUGCCCACCUAUUCAACAUGCCGGCAUUGCCAUGGAGUGUGUGAGUCCAUCUAUUUGAGAUGCCAGCAUUGCCAUGGAGUAUGUACUGUCAUGUAUGUGCACCUAUUCCCCGGAUCUCACCGGAUCUCACCGUAGGCUCACGGCGGCGGACACUGAUCAUGUUCUCUCUGCUCUGGCAUGCUGGAUAAGGGAGUCUAGACGACGGUGAGUUCAAACGCCACGUCGGUGCUGCUGCUGCUGCUUCACUUUGUUUCCAGCUCAGCAACGUUCCAACAGUUGCUGGUUGUGGACUGCUGGUUGUUGCGCAACACACACGCAACACUGUAAUGCCAACUAAAGUGUCUGCGUCCGCUCUGGCUUAGCCGCAUCUGCAGUAUAGGCAUUACAUGCAGCACCAAAUGCCUCCGCCAUACCAUGCUCCGAUAACGGAGGCUGUUAGGUCCAUGCUCGUGUCGCUUUUGAUUAUCCGUGCCACGCAGUUAGUUUUGUUCCUAGCACCACCACUAGUUCCAGAAAUCAUGAAAUUUUGUAUACCCAUUGCUCGAAACGCACAGCACACACAAACAAUUCUUUCAUGAGCCCAGUUCGCUUCGCUGAUCAGAUUUAAAUAUCAUGGCAGCAUCAUAUUAUUAUUAUCAUGAUCAUUGCCAUCAUCAAAUUAAUAUGGAAACGAAAAGCCAUAGGACCAUCCAUACCAUGCUACAGAGAACAGUUUCAUAUUUAAUUGGAUUUGACACGCCAAAAUCAACCUUUUCUUAACUACGCUUUUCAAGGAA